UAUCACAUAUGUAUUUACUUACUACGCUUAAACUGUCCUUACUUCGUAAUAACAUGUUUUGUCGCACAAAUGCGUACGAACUCCUGCAAGUGGAGUGACUGGUGGCGUAAUAUCAGAGGAGAAUAAAGGGCGGAUCCUACAUAGUGACAUGUCAAUGAUAAACUGAUGACAUGGCGAACUUACCUGCUGUCUCCAUACCCAUUCUGCACGUACGAGGCAACCACUACGAUGUCGGAUACCACACGGGUGCGACGUUCCAGCACAGAAUUAAGUCGUUUUACCAGAGAUCACUCCUGAUACAGGAUAAACUGCUCCCGUUUUACUCUCAAAGACGAGGACGAGAGAUAGCAGAUGUUUAUCUCCGGGGAGUACGCGACAACUUCCCGAAUCUCAUCCGUGAGAUACAAGGUAUGGCUGAUGGCGUUGGAAUGCCAUUUGAAGAUAUAUUUAUACUUAACAUUGCCAAAGAAAUCUACAACUGUCAUUUUAAUGAAAUGAAAAAUUGGCCACCAGAGUCCGAUAAUCUGGGAUGCUCAGACAUUAUGAUCAAUACCCCCGCAGUAAAACUGAUAGCUCACAACGAAGACUGCGACCCAGAAUCUAAGAAUUUCGGUUAUAUCGUCAGUGCUCAUAUCAGAGAAGAUUCUACUGAUGAGAAAUUCACAGCUUUCUCUUAUCCUGGCUCCUUGCCUGGCAACACAUUCGCCUUUAAUAAGCAUGGUAUGAUUUUUGCCUGCAACGGACUUUAUCCAAAAACUGCAGUAUUAGGUGCAACUCCCAGAUACUUCCUCAACAGGUCUAUGAUGGCUGCCACGUCGGCAGAGCAUGCGCUGAAAUUGGGCAAGAACGUAGGUGGUGGAUGUGCUGUCGGGUUCAACCUGAAUUUGGGAAACUUAAAUAACCUACGUGAUAUGUGGGGCUUGGAAAUUGGGCCUGGUAAGAAGGAGAGCAUGGUCAAUCUGCACACAUUAACGGAACAAGCCGUAGAGUCGACAAUGCCCUGUUAUGUUCACACUAACAGCUAUAAACAUCUCAAAGUCGAGGAAAUGGACGCCCUAUCAUCAACCGAAGCCCGCAUGAAACGUAUCCUGGAAUUUAAACCACCCUCUACAGUGGAAGAAGUCAAGACGAUUCUGGGAGAUACAAAAAAUGAUGAGUAUCCAAUUUAUCGCACUCCUAGCACCACAGACAGUGGAAAGACGGUAGCAACCGCCCUGUUUGACCUAAAAGACAGAAAGGUGGAGAUUUACAUGGAUAACCCCAAAUAUUCUCAAUCUCCUAUAUUCACUCUGCUUUUGGAAUAGGUGAGCUCUGGUAUAAAAGAACUCAUCACUGGCUACACAUACAUUAUCAAUACAUGCGCGCACCUCGCACACAGGGUAUACCACCCUAAAGUUAUCAUAGAUGUUGAUUUGGCGUUAAACCAAUAUAUAAUCAAAUUGAUGUAAUGGUGGCCUCUCCUUGAAUGUGGACUUCAAUGCGGAUAAAUGUUAUGUAAAGGCGAAAAGUCUCCGUUUUUCAAUAUCUUCUUCGAAACCCGUAUAAGAUACAACCAGAACCAAUCUAUGAUUCUCAUAUUAAGAAUUUAUUAACACCCGUGAAACCAGUCAUCAUAAAGCGUGCAGACACCGUGGUCAAUCUGUAAAAAAAGGGAACAUCAUUUUAGUAAUACGGUCCUGGUUCUAUUGAAAAUGAAAAUGAAUGGUUAAAUUUGCAAUUGGUUUUGAAAUGUGCUUAUGUCUAUCCUCUGUACAAUCCACUAACUUGACAUAAUUGUCCUUUAACAAGUGUGCCGAUCUAAAUAUUUAUAUUCUACUAAUCUGAAAAACGAGUCCAGUGGCUUAUCAUCGCCUUCUGUACAAUGGAUUGACAUUUAUAUCUCCGCUUACGUUUCAUAUGUUGGAAUGAAAUAAAAACACAAUUGAUGUGUAUUUAUGUAAACAACGGACAGACUGUAAAAGGAAACAUACUUAUGGCAUAUUGACUUUGACAGUGUUCCCACCAUUGUCCAGUGUAAAGUGUUGGGUUCGAACCAAGUGGCCAUUGUGUUUAAGACGAAGAGUGUAAUCUCCCAUGAAACCAGAUGUGUACACGUAAUUUCCGGUUACAGGUAUAGAUUCGUUUGUACGCCAGGUGUUGUGGUACAGCUGGAGAUAGCGUCUCCCUGCUUCGUUGGGCUAAGAAAAUAAUUUGUAAUUCAUGGUUGAUAUAAAGAAAGAACUUGUAUUAUUCUCAUGAACUUAUCUACUUUUCAUAGUUGUAUCUAGUGUGAAAACAGGGGAGAUUUUACUCACAUUCAAAAUAUAAAUAAUCUGCAUCACAAUCAAUAAAAACGAAUUAAACCUUUUUGUUUGGUA